AUGUGGUCCACUAUUGCUCCCCUCCUGCUGCUGCUGCUGGUGACGACGAUGAUGACCCCGCUUCUGCUCACCGUGAGCGGCAACCAACUGGUCCAAAGUGAUAAUCGGCCCGGAGUGAUUACGGGUAGCAUUACCUCUCUGGAGUUGCAAGAAACAGUCUACUACCUGAAGCAGCAACCGGAUGACGACGUCAUUUACCGGGUAGUCUUCUGUGCUGACAUCUCCCCGUACCAAGUACCGACGGGUACAUAUCCCGUCACGGAGAGCGAGGAGCCCAACAGCAGCGGCAGCAGGCGGCGGGGGCUGCUUGGGGAAUCCAUUACCACACCCACGGAGCCCCGAAUCCUGGUGUAUAUUGCGUCCUUUUGUGGCUUCAGUGUUCCUAAUACCCUCACUCCCCAGGUGCUGGGCCCGGUGACUGUACCCUGCACCGGCACCAUCAAGAUUACGUACCCCAGCGGUAACAACUUCACCACAAACAACUGCAAGAAUGACAACCUUCCAAAGUGGCAUCAGUGGUUGGAUGAGUGGGCAGCCGAGACAUACAAUGUUACGGCGUCAGACUACCACCACAGGGUUCUCUACCUGCCCAACUACUUCGCCUUCCGUACUCCUGGCUGUAACGGCUUUGCUGGCUUGGGAUCACUUGGGCCAAGCAGAGGCAGUCUUACAGCAGUCAACCAAUGGGGUACUUCUCUGGUGUGGAUUUCGGGAGAUACAUCUUUGGCUCUGAUAGCCUUGCUCCACGAGAUCGGCCACAACUACGGCAUGCAACAUGCAGACAUCUCCGGUGGCUGCGAUCUUAAGGAUCAGUGUGACCACACGUGCACCAUGGGCGCCACAGGUGGACAGGGAAUCGCCUGCUUCAACGCCCCCCACAACUGGCAGCUGCCUGCCCGCCUAGAUCGCUUGGCAAAGUAA